CCCUGGACCCACCCACCCAUAAAUGCACCAUCACAACAAUCAACAUCAAUCUUUCUUAGCAAAACAGUACUAUUUUCAGUGUAAAAAAUGGGCAUCGCACACAAUUCAACACCUCGAAGAUCCCGGGUCCAGGGCACUGUCGAUUUUCUUCGUUCCACUGGCCACCUGGGCCGUGGAAGGCUUUUUACAAAGGCGGCCGUUUUCCAACACCACGGAGUCAGCCAUGCAACCGGCCACCGAAUCCUUCGCGAAUUCGAAAAUUCGACCCUCGAACCCCGAACCUUUCACUCAAACUACGUCGAAACGCGUGGACGGAAGAAGAAGCUCGAUCACGAAGCCCUCAUACAAAUUGAGAGGUGCAUUGAUGAAGGUGGUUUCGACGGGUGUACUCUUCCUUGGGAGGCCAUUCCAUCCGCCGCCGGCCUCGACAUCGAAGUUUCUGCCCGAACUGUUUGCCGUGCCCUCCGGGAACUGAACUUCCGGAAGUGCAUUGCUUGCGAGAAGCAGUACCGGUCCACCCAAUCUAAGGAAAAUCGGGUGGAAUAUAGCCGAAUCAUGCUGGAGAGGUACCCCGAAGCGGGAGACUGGUACUAUGUCAGAUUCUCUGAUGAGUGCCACUUCGGCUGGGGCCCGCAGGGUAAAAUCUGGGUUCUUCGGCGACCUUGGGAAAGGUUUUGUCCUGACUGUAUGGUCGAAAAGGACGCCCCGAAAGAGAAGGACCUUCGCAGGCUCCAUUGUUGGGCCGCUGUUGGCCACGAUUUCAAGAGCCCCUUAGUUUGGUAUAACGUCCCCGGCAAUAGUAAUGCCCUUUGGCUUCGGGAGGGCUAUUCUUUUGUGCUUGAGGAAGACAACGAUUCUGGCUACGGUGGGAAAGGAAACAAUAUUGUGACCUAG